CUUCAGACUGAUCUUCGAUUCCAGAGCUCAGCUGUCAUGGCUCUCCAAGAAGCCAGUGAGGCUUAUUUGGUCGGUCUUUUCGAAGAUACCAACUUGUGUGCCAUCCACGCCAAGAGAGUGACCAUUAUGCCCAAGGACAUUCAAUUGGCCCGAAGAAUCCGAGGCGAACGUGCUUAA